ACACGAUUGGUCUCGACGCACGUCAGUAGCGUCUGCCGGGGCGGGAGCAGGAGAACCGAGCCAGCGUUCUAGUUUUCCCCUCUCACACACAGAUGCUGCCACUGCUGCUGCUGCUUCAGUGUCACGGCGUCUAUCAGUAAUAGCACAGUCAAAACAACCACACCGAGGAGCAGCCGGGGAAAAUCUACAUCACAGUUCCUGCUUUUCGGGUCCAGCGCGCGCGGCAUGUGGCACCAACUCCGCUUCAGCUUCCGAUAAAGGCGUCCUUUCGUCAACCUUUUUUUCUUCUUCUUCUUCUUCUUUUGCUCGUCAUUUACGACCUCUUAAAUAGGUGCUAUUGUCUCGCUCACCUCUCGCGCAGCUGGCACGCCGUCUCCGCCUGCGCUCGAGCUCGAGCUCUCCGUUGCGGUCGUCCAUCCGCUCAGGCGGUCGUGGCAUGUUGGUAAACAGAAUCGGAUCCCGCCGGCAAGGACUCCCUCUGGUGCAUUGAUGCACCCGUUUCAGUGGUGUAACGGGUGCUUCUGUGGCCUUGGCCUGGUUUACUCCAACAAGUCGUGCACCAUGCCGCCCAUCACCUUCCAGGACCUGCCUCUCAACAUCUACAUGGUCAUCUUUGGGACAGGCAUCUUUGUCUUCAUCCUGAGUCUCAUCUUCUGCUGUUACUUCAUCAGCAAAUUACGACACCAAGCCCAGAGCGAGCGGUUUGGAUACAGAGAGGUAGUUUUAAAAGGAGAUCCCAAAAAGUUGAGUCUUCACGGGACGUGUGCCGUUUGUCUGGAGGACUUCAAAGUGAAAGACGAGCUGGGGGUGUUGCCAUGCCAACAUGCCUUCCACAGGAAGUGUCUGGUGAAGUGGCUGGAGGUCCGCUGCGUCUGCCCCAUGUGUAACAAACCCAUCGCUGGCCCCCCCGAGCAGCACCACAGCAUAGGGACUCUGCUGGAUGAACUGGUGUAGCCUCUCAAACCGCUGCCAGCCUGGGAGGGACGCCCCGGCGCCCCGGGCCAAACUGGCUGCUGUAAUUUUAGCGACCAUCAGGAGGAGAGACACGCAGCUUUGCUGUUUAAAACAACAGCGAAGAUGAUAGUAAGUUGGGGGGUAACCUAGUUACCACCCAGAGGAAGACUCUGAAGGAUGAUGUUGCCUAGCAACGAUCCCAGUGAUGGCAACACGACACCUCGUGGUGUCUGCGAGAUUAUCUUCAGCCACCCACACAUAACUCCACCACUCUUCUUUCAAGACCCCCCCCACCACCCCCACCACCCCAUCCUCCUCCUGUUCCUUCACAUCUUCUCCCGGUGCCUCGGGCGGGGUUAACGGCAGCACUACUGAAGUGGAGAGGAGACGGUUUUCUCACAGAUAUGCAGACGAACGGGGUGCAGACGGGUGACAGCGCUCAGCAGGUGGCACUCGUGCCCUCUGAGCGUCCAUGAGCGCUGCAUGUCAGGGUGGGCACAGGCAUGAAAUCGUACCCGUGCUGGCCAGGAUCACUGAAACCAGAUGCCAGCUGAGUCCGAGUAUUGUCUGUCAGAGGCAAAGAUUUGAGACGGAGCCACACAACAUCCCAAGCUGUAGCAUCAGGUCAUCUUUUUAGUGUUUGUUAAAAAAAAAACUGGAACAACAAAGCUCUCUAGAAACAACAAGACCUGAAGAUAAUAAAUAAUACUGUAGUAUUAUAAGACGCAGAUUAUUUUUUGAUGAUGUGUAAAAUCCACACUGGUGCCCACCCCUGCAUUGACAUCAUGACGUUAGUGCUGUACAUGCUCCAGUUGUUUGUUUUUUUUCCACUGGGUUGUGUUAUUGUUCAGGCAUGCUUUUGUGUUAAAUUAGAUGGAAGGAACCAGCACAUCCUGCCUCUCACUGUAACAGUUCGGUUGAAACAUGUUGAAGAUUCCUUUUUUAGAUAUUGCACUUUGAAUUCACACAAAAAAGGAACCGCCUCAUUCCCUUGUAAGAUGUUUAGGCUGAGGUUCACACACAGCCACGGUGGGUCCGUUGUUUUCAGGUGUGGUGAAUCUUUUAUAAAACUCCAUGAGGCAUUAGAGCUGAGCGAUAAAGGGAGUAGCAGCCGCUCAGGCGGUUUCAGCGUUUCUCUGUGAAUUCAUCCAGCAAUCAACUAAAUCUCUCUUUUAUACGCAGCAUUUUUUUUUUGUUUUUUUUUGUGAAACUGUUGCUGUUGGUUCUGUUUUUCAUUCCCCAGCCGUGUGUGUUUUGUGUGAUUUACAGCGAUUCUGAUCUGAAAGCGAAACACUGCCUAAAUUGAGCACAAAACUCACCAAGCACAUUGUCCAGAGGCAGCAGGCACCUGCACUGUAAUUUAAACGUCCAUGUGCCAAGAAACGAGAAAAAAAAAAAAAAAGGAACAGUUGAUGCUGUUGCAUUUUUCACACAAAAUUCUGGCCACAUUCCACAUUUUGUAAGUCAACAGAUGUAAAUAACUUGAAACAAUAAUAAAUACAGUUGUCUGUUU